AUGGAUCAUCAUAUGUUGUGUCCGAUAAAAUACACCGAGCACCGGAAUGUUAUCAGGAAAGUUACUAAACCAUCUUUGGUGAAAUCUAAAAAAUUCCCAGAAGCCACUAAAUCCUCUCAGUUCAAUCCCUCUGUUCCGAGGACUGUUCGGAUUUCUGUGACAGACCCAGACGCAACGGAUUCUUCAAGUGAUGAAGAAGACAUGCUUUUUGGACGGCGACGGGUGAAAAAAUACAUCAAUGAAAUCAGUAUUGAAACCGCCGUCAAGUGUGAAGUUAGCAUUCCUAACAGUGGCAAUGGCAAAACGGUGAAUAAAAGAGCACCGGAGCCUCUUCAGACUAAGCAGAAGCCAAUGAAAGUUCAGCCUCCUCAAUCGGCUGGCGCUGUUAGGAAGUUCCGCGGUGUGCGUCAACGGCCGUGGGGAAAAUGGGCCGCUGAGAUCAGGGACCCGGCUCGCCGUGUUCGGCUUUGGUUGGGAACUUACGACACUGCUGAAGAAGCUGCUAUGGUUUAUGACAACGCUGCUAUUAAGCUUCGUGGACCAGAUGCUUUAACAAACUUCAGCACUCCUCCCAAGCCUGAGCCAGAACCAGAACCAAAGUCAGAGCCGGAAAUCAGUGUUCUGUCUCACUCAGGCUAUGAAUCCGGGAAUGAGUCCCGUAACAUCCCUUCUCCGACUUCUGUUUUGCGGUUUAGAAUGAGCCAGUCAGAAAGUGGGUCCGACCCGAUCCAUGUUUCGGAAGAGUGUCCAUCGAUUCAAGGAUCGAUGGAAUGUGAGCAAACGGUUCAAGAGAUUGAACCGUUUGUUCAAUGUGCUGCUGAACCGCAGUUGGAAUUAGAGGUUCAGCAGGAUGUUGAGGAGUGUCAGGGCGAGACCAGCAUGAUUCCUGAUUACUUGCCAACAGAUAUUCCAUUCUUAAAUGAUUUUUUCAAUUUCGAUGGUUCAGCAGCUGAGCAGACGUUAUUUGAAGACUCAACUAUAACAUCAGUAACAUCAACAACAACGACACCAAAUUGUCCCAAUGAUUUUGGCUCAUUGUACAACGAUUCAUUGGAUUUCGGGAAUGAUUUCUUGUUUAACGAUGCUGACUUCGCUGAAUUCAGCAAUUUUGAUGAUUUGGGUGAUUUAGGAAUGGAUGAUUUUUCCCAAGACAGUGUUGUUGAUUAUUCCAGUGUUGAUUCUCUGUUGGCGAUUUGAAUUUCAUUUCUAUGAAUGACCAGCAAACACACUGUCCCCGGCUUGCUACUCUUUAGUGGCAAAUUUUGUUUACCGGCGACAGCAAGAA